AUGUCGCCGUCUCGAAAGCGCGGAAACCCGUCCCACCUAGACCUUUCUGUGUAUUCCAAACCUCUGGCACCAAAUGGUUUCGGCCACAGUCCUCUACAGUCACCACUGACCCCGAGAUACUCCGUUCCUUUAUCGCCCAUGAGCCCUCAUCGACGUAGCUCAGAGGCGAUGGAUAAAUCUGCGAGGUUUUCUGCGGAGUUUACUAUCCAGGGUGACUCAGGAGGAGGUGGACUGGGGAACUUGGCAGACGAACUAGCAGAUGCAUGGGACGAGGAUGGAGAUGGUGAAGAAGGUGAAGAAGACUUAUCUGGAUUCCAGGAACGAAACGAUCAUGUCCAAAUACCUGACGAGGAGGAUGCAUCGUCCCGGUCGCGGGAUACCUCCGAGAGCGAUUCAGACGCUGAACGCUUGCGGGACGGAGAGUCGAAUCGAAGUAGUUUACAGAUUCCGAAGCAGAGAUCGAAAACAGGGCAACAUCAGAAACACCAUCGGCAUGAACCUUCGUAUGAUGGUUCGGAUUACGGGAAUGACUCGGAUUUUGAGGAACCUGGCGAUCUUACGCCAGGACUAGAGAAGCAGAUGGCGGGGAUCGAAAAUCUUGUUCGAUGGAGCAUGGGAGACAAUCUACCCUCCGGAAAAAUUGUCGACCGAGUUGUCGAAAGCUUGCGGGACCUAGGAGCAAUUGAGGACCUCGUCCCUCUAAUUGACGACAUACUACCAAAUCUCCCUUUUCCUGUGUCCCAAUCCUCCCAUCCCCCAGAGCCCCAAACUUUCCAUGACGAUGCCCUCCACUCUCUUCGAGCCCUCCUCUCCCAAACAUCUGACCUCACCCACGCCCUUCGUGCUCUCAAUGAUACCAUUCACGAAUCCCGCCAGCUUACCUCAGCGGCAGCACGACGGCUGAAGUCCGUACGUGAACUGGUUGCAGAGAUGCGUCGGGAAGAAGAGCGGCGAGAGGAGGGGACAAGAUGGAUUGAAAAAGGAGAGUGGGACCGGCGAUUACAACAACGAGAAGCCGGAAGGGUGUGCGGGGAUGUGGUGAGUGGGUUUGAAGCUGUUUGUGGAGAAUGGAGGGCUCGACUCUUUGGGCCCGAAGUUGCCGCUGCAUAA